UUCUUGCGUUGCUCUAUAAAGGUCUGGGCUGGUCUGACGGGCGAAAGUCGUCCACUGUGUAUAAAUAAUACCGAUGCAGCAUCCGUUUGAAUUCAGUGCACCUUGAUCUAUCGUCGAAACAUCAUGGGACGACUGGAACAGAGUGUCGUCGCAUUGUUAUGCUUCUCGAUGGUCCUCAGCUGUUCCGCCACUCGAAGAGAGGACCUCGAGAGGGCGGCAGAGCUUGCAGUAGAAAAGGCGGCCGAGAGGGCUGCGGAGAGGGCAGUGGAGAAAGCGUUAGGUAGCGGGAACACGACGACCGAAUCGAAAACCGUUCGUGAAUCCUACUCGAGCGUGAGGAAGGUACCUUACCGCGAGGAUUCGACUUAUGGAGGCCGUUCCUCGUCCGCGGAGGACGAAGCCGAAGACGAAGACUCUGAAGAUUGGGUUAGACACUCGAGAAGAUUCAGAGCAAGGUCGUUCAAAGAUUUAACGAGAAUCCCAAGAAGCGACGAUCUAUCGCUUGAACACGCGCCUUGGAAUCCGAAGGUGAUCACGAUCGAGAAGAAGAUCCCCGUGCCGGUGACCGUCGAGAAGAAGGUACCGUACCCGGUGUACAAACACGUACCGUACGAAGUGAAGGUUCCCGUGCCGCAACCGUACACCGUCGAGAAGAAGGUGCCUUACCCAGUCAAGGUUUUCGUGAACGUACCGGUCGAGGAGCCGGAGCCGUACACCGUCGAGAAGAAAGUACCUUACGAAGUGAAGGUAGAACGUGCGGUGCCGUACAAAGUGGAGAUCCCGGUGCCGCAGCCGUACACCGUCGAGAGAAAGAUACCAGUGGAAGUGAAGGUGCCCGUGCCGCAGCCGUACACCGUCGAUAAGGCAGUGCCUUACGAAGUGAAGGUGCCCGUGAAGGUACCGGAACCCUACGAGGUCGAGAAAAGGGUGGCCGUGCCGGUGAAAGUGGUCGUGAAGCGACCUUAUCCGGUACCAGUGCCUAAACCUUAUCCAGUGGAGGUUUCUAAGCCGUACCCGGUUCCGGUGGCUAAGCCGUAUCCGGUCCAAGUUAAGGUACCGGUGGACAAACCGUUUCCGGUAACCGUAGAGAAGCCUGUGCCUGUGCCGGUGAAGGUGCCAGUGCCCGAAGCUUACACGAUUGAGAAGCCGGUGACGGUCGAAGUUAAGAAACCGUACGCGGUGCCGAUCAAAGUGGUCGUACAGAAACCGUACGAGGUGGUCGUGAAGAAUCCGGUACCGGUAUCGAUCGAGAAACCGUUCCCCUAUUGGGUUCAGGUACCGGUACCCGUGUCCGAGGAUUGGAACGAGGCGGGAUGGAAAGACAGAGGCGAUACCAGUGAAAACAGACGAGUAGCCGAGAAACCGAUGAAAUCUCGCAGGAGAUUGAGAACGUAGAAUCGUAUGACGUCGUCAAACGUUAUCGUACGAUUUCAAUGCUGAUUUUACGAUCUUUCGUA